AUGUUCUCCAUGCAGGACUCCUUGCCCCGAGGAGGGCUCAGCCUGAAAGAGGAGCCGCUCCCUGCCGGCCUCGGCUCGGUGCGCUCCUGGAUGCAGGGCACUGGAAUCUUGGACGCCACCACCGCAGCGCAGAGUGGUGUGGGCCUGGCUCGGGCUCACUUUGAGAAGCAGCCACCUUCUAAUCUUCGAAAAUCCAACUUCUUCCACUUUGUGUUGGCCAUGUAUGACCGGCAGGGACAGCCCGUGGAGAUCGAGCGCACAGCCUUCAUCGACUUUGUGGAAAAAGAGCGGGAGCACAGUGGAGAGAAAACCAACAAUGGCAUCCAUUACCGGCUACAGCUGCUGUACAGCAACGGAAUCCGCACUGAGCAAGACCUGUAUGUCCGACUCAUUGACUCCAUGUCUAAGCAGGCCAUCAUCUACGAGGGGCAGGACAAGAACCCGGAGAUGUGCCGUGUCCUCCUUACCCACGAGAUCAUGUGCAGCCGCUGCUGUGACAAGAAGAGUUGUGGCAACAGAAACGAGACGCCGUCUGACCCCGUCAUUAUAGACAGGUUUUUCCUCAAGUUUUUCCUCAAAUGCAACCAGAACUGCCUGAAGAAUGCGGGCAAUCCUAGAGACAUGAGGCGCUUCCAGGUGGUGGUCUCCACGACCGUGAGCGUGGAUGGGCACGUGCUUGCUGUGUCUGACAACAUGUUUGUUCACAACAACUCCAAGCAUGGCCGCCGUGCCCGCCGCCUUGACCCUUCAGAAGGUCAGGAUUCUGUCAUUUGGCACCCUUCCCUUGCAGCCACCCCCUGCAUCAAGGCCAUCAGCCCCAGCGAGGGCUGGACCACAGGGGGAGCCACUGUCAUCGUCAUCGGGGACAACUUCUUCGAUGGUCUCCAGGUCGUCUUUGGAACCAUGCUGGUGUGGAGUGAGCUGAUCACACCCCACGCCAUCAGGGUGCAGACCCCACCAAGGCACAUCCCUGGAGUGGUCGAAGUGACCCUAUCCUACAAGUCCAAGCAGUUCUGCAAAGGGGCCCCUGGCCGCUUCGUCUACACGGCUCUCAAUGAGCCAACCAUCGACUACGGCUUCCAGAGGCUGCAGAAGGUGAUACCACGACAUCCUGGAGACCCUGAGCGGCUUCCUAAGGAAGUACUAUUGAAAAGGGCAGCUGACCUGGUGGAGGCUCUGUAUGGGAUGCCGCAUAGUAACCAGGAUCUCAUCAUAAAGCGGGCAGCAGACAUUGCAGAAGCACUCUACAGUGUCCCACGCACCCCCUCCCAACUUGGCUCCCUGGCCCCAGGCCAUCCCCACACAGCCAUGAUGGGCAUCAAUUCCUUUGGGAGCCAGCUGGCAGUCAACAUUGGAGACUCCACCCAGGGGGCCGAACAAGGUUACUCUCGGAAUACCAGCAGUGUGUCUCCUCGGGGCUACGUGCCUAGCUCCACCCCCCAGCAGAGCAGCUACAGCAGCAUCACAUCCACCAUCAAUGGCUAUGGGGCCACUGGCAUGGCUGGCCUUGGGGUACCCAGCUCCCCCAGCUUCCUCAACGGCUCCACUGCAAAUUCACCCUAUGCCAUCAUGCCCUCCAGCCCUCCCCUUGCUGCAGCUUCAUCCAUCUCCCUCCCGGCUGCUGCCCCCACCACCAGCGUCUUCUCCUUCUCGCCGGUCAACAUGAUCUCUGCCGUCAAGCAGAAGAGCGCCUUCGCCCCUGUGGUGCGCCCGCCUGGUUCCCCGCCCCCUGCCUGCACCAGCACUAAUGGCAGUGCCCUGCAAGACCCAGCUUUUGAGGACUCGGACAAGUUCCAUUCCCCCCCUGGGACCCUACAGGGACUGGCCUACUCCUAA